GGCAAUUAGUUUCAAUCGAACACAGCCACCGCAAUAAAAUGUUCGUCCAACCGAUUCUAAUAGUUUUAUUUGUAAACUCGAUUGAAUCUGCAGAGAAACAUAAACAGAUGAUCGGCGUGGACACGGUGCAAGGAAUAAAGAUUGACAAGGACACAAUUAUAACGAGGAAUGUGAAGUUAACGACGAAACGAAAGAAUGAAAAGAAAGCUGACACGGGAAACCCUGAUUGGUCGUACAGUUCAAUACCCAAGGAAAUAUCCAACCACGUGAACGACUUCAAGCGGAAUAUGACCGAAUGUCUGAAGGAGGUUCAGGCCAAUGACAAGCGGACGGUAAAACGCCUGUCCCCUAAAACUGAGUCGCCGGUACACGGAGAAUGUUUGAUCGCGUGCGUAUUGAAACGGAACGGUGUUAUUGAGGAUGGAAAAGUUCAUAAAGAUAAUUUAAUGCAACUCGUAAGCAAGUUUUACGGCAAAGAAGACAAAAUAAUGAAGAAGCUGGAGAAGAAUUUAGAUCGAUGCAUUACAAAGAGCAUCAAAACUAGGGACGAGUGUGUAGUGGCGGCGCAACUUAACGAAUGCACCAACGGCAUAAUGGCUAAUAAUAAACAUAAAAUAACUGUUAACUAUUAAAUGUUGCCGAAUCUAUUAUGUUUUAUUUGUGUAAGAUGGAUCUAAGUUGUAUAUUGGCUUCCUUUUCCAAAAUCAAAAGUCGCCUGUUUGUGAUGAAUCUGACGGUAAUUGUAUAAAUACAGGAUGACCUGGCCAAAGGUGGCAUGGCCAAAUCCGAAACUUUGAAUAAUAGCGGAAACUACUUAAAGCAGUCUUUAGUUCGGUAAAUUUGAAGUGCCUAUGAAUAAUAACGGGCCUAAAAUUAGCCCUGACAGACACUCUAGCUAACCGAGACAAAUUCAGAUUCACGACCAUUGCUAAAAACUUUCUGUGUUAGGUCACAAAUAUACGAGGGCCUCUGAAUGCUAUUU